CGACAUAAUCCACUGUAAAACUGUAUAUCCUCUCAGAGGAUUAUUCGUCGCUUGCUUCAUUAUAAUGUUUACAGUCACAGGGGGAUUUGGAUUUGCCUUAAUCCUGAUUCCAUGCCUGAUAACUGGAAUCAAGUUUGAGCAGCCAGCGAAUAUUACGGCUAAUUUAAGGGAAGAAGUGGAGAUUCACUGCAGCCACAGUGACAGUAGCUACCUCUACAUGUUUUGGUAUAAACAGGAACGGGACGGCGUGGUUCUGCUCCUGAUCACAUACGCCUAUGGUACAAGCGACGCCGUCAAUGAGGGGAACUUCAGCAAAAGCAGGUUUGAGCUGAAAAAAACAGCAAAUGAAAAAGGAACCUUAACCAUCAGAAACCUGACGGCUGCAGACAGUGCAAAGUACUUCUGUGCAGCCAGUAAGCACAGUGCUGCAGACUCACAAGGUCACGUGGCAAAAACAUUAUGCAAAUGCGGAGGGAAGACAAAGCGUCUCACAGAUGGCAUCAAGAUUGUUCAGCCAGAGUUUAUUCUGACUAAUUUAGACAAAGAAGCGGAGAUUCAGUGCAGUCAUGAUGAUGCUAACUAUGAUGUUAUGCUUUGGUAUAAACAGGAGGAAACCAAUACUGCUCUGCUUCUGAUCGGAUACGGCUACAGCACAGUUAAACCCGAAUAUGAGGAGAAAUUUAAAACACGGUUUACACUGAGAAAAUCGGCAGCUGAGAAAGGCUCCCUCAACAUCAAAAAUCUGACUGUUGCAGACAGCGCAAUCUAUUUCUUCUUUUACUGUGACAAUGCGAAUCCUGCUUACUUUGGAGAUGGAACUAAAUUGACUGUUUUAGAUUCAGAUGUCACUCAGCCAAAAGUGAAGGUGCUGAAUCCAUCAGAGAAAGAGAUCUGUACAAGAAGGAAAAAAGUCACCCUGGUGUGUGUGGUCACAGAUUUCUACCCUGACCACAUCGAGGUGUACUGGCAGCAAAAUGGAGCCAACAUCACAUAUGGCCACAAGACGGAUGACAGGGCAUUGCAGUAUGAAAAAGGCAAAUUCAGCAUCACCAGCAGACUCAGAAUCUCUCUCCAGAAGUGGUAUAACCUCAGGAACAGCUUCACCUGUAUGGCCAGCUUCUUCAAUGGAUAUAAUAAUUACACGACUCAUUCUCACACCAUAAAUGGAGCUAGAGGUGAUGUUUUACAGAAAGGUGAUAUUAUAAGCAGAUCGCAGUGGGCAAAGCUGUCAUAUGGGGCAUUAGUUGCUAAGAGUGUCCUGUAUGGAAUUUUCAUCUUCAUUGUUGUGUGGAAACUAAAGGGCUCCGGAGCAAAGAAGUGAUGAAGGUAGAGAGGCAGCAGGUGUCAGUUCUGACGAAAUGUCAGUGUUAUAAAACUUUUUUUGUAAAUCAGCACAAUGUUUUUUGAAAAGAUUCAGUUUUUGCUUCACAUACUUUAUUGUUUUACACUUUAUAAGCAGCUCUGAAUUGUUUUAUAUUCAAGAUCUUACUUUUGCUUUUUACUUUUUAUAAAUUAUCUUAAUUUCUUUGUGCUCCUUCAAAUAAACUUGCAUUUGAAGUGAA